GCUUUUCGAACUGUCAACGUCAAAAGUGGAAAGAAGCAGCACAUCCGCUUUCUUUUUCGGCUGAAUAGUUGUCGCUUAAACAGGGCAAAAUGUCGCUCGUCAUCCCAGAGAAGUUCCAGCACAUUCUUCGUAUCAUGAAUACGAACAUCGAUGGCAAACGCAAGGUUGGCAUCGCUAUGACCGCCAUUAAGGGUGUUGGUCGUCGCUAUUCCAACAUUGUGUUGAAGAAAGCCGAUGUGGACCUAACCAAGCGUGCUGGUGAAUGCACCGAGGAGGAGGUUGACAAGGUAGUCACCAUCAUUUCCAAUCCUCUGCAAUACAAAGUGCCCAACUGGUUCCUUAACAGACAGAAGGACAUCAUUGAUGGCAAAUACUCGCAGCUGACCUCAUCUAACUUGGAUUCCAAACUGCGUGACGAUUUGGAGCGCUUGAAGAAGAUCCGCUCGCAUCGCGGUCUGCGUCACUACUGGGGCCUGCGUGUCCGUGGUCAGCACACCAAGACAACUGGUCGUCGUGGUCGUACCGUGGGUGUGUCCAAGAAGAAGUAAACUUGCGGCUGGCUGAUGCAGCAUCGAUUCCUGUAUACAGGCUGACGCUUCUAUUGGUUAUGAUUCUUCUAUACACUAUACACAAAACAA